AUGUCUCAGAUUCAAGAGAAUCCAGAGGGCACAGCUGUCCAAGGCGAGAUCUUCGAGGAGACCCAGGGCCUUGAAGUUGCACAGGUCCCCAAGGAAGCGGAGGAGUCAUGUUCCUCCCCUCAUCCUCUGGUGCCUACCAGCCGGAAAGGCGAGACCUGGAAGGAGACCAGAGACCUUAAGGAUGUAGAGGAACCAUUUUCCUCCUCUAAUCCUCUGUUGCCUAGCAACAAGAAGGCCGAUCCUAUAGAUGAGACACCCAGUACUUCUUGGGGUCCUGAGAGUUGUUCUGCCUCUGCAGUUGCUGCUGCAGCCUCAUCUGCUGAGGGUCCCAGUAGGCAACAAGCACAGGUUAGUCCAUUUAACAUAGUGCAGGGUAUCCCAUUUAACUUAGCACCUCUGCCAAUUAUGCAGUGUGUACCUGAUGAUCCUAUAAGUAGGAAAGUAGAUUUCAUGGUGAAUUACAUGCUCUACAAGUACCAGGUGAGAGAGUUAAUGAGCAUGGAAGAUAUGAUAAGAACUGUCAUCAGAGAAGAUGAGAGUCACUUCCAUGAGAUCCUUUCUCUAGCUAAUGAUCGCAUGGAGAUGGUCUUUGGCCUAGAGGUGAAGAAAGUAGAUCCUAUCAAUCAUUUUUAUGGCCUCUUUAUUAAAUUAGGCCUCACUUAUGAUGGCAUGCACCAUCAUGAGUAUUCCUUUCCGAAGACCGGUCUCCUAAUACUUAUCCUAGGUGUGGUCUUCAUGAAGGGCAAUCGUGCUACUGAAGAGGAGAUAUGGAGAGUGCUGAAUCCAAUGGGAAUCAUUGCUGGGGUGCCGCAUUUCCUCUUUGGGGAGCCCAGGAAGCUUGUAACUGAAGAGUUUGUGUGGGAGCAAUACCUUGAGUGCCAGCCAGUGCCCAAUAGCUUUCCUGUGAGAUACGAAUAUGUGUGGGGUCCAAGAGCUCGUGCUGAAACCAGCAAAAUGAAAGUUUUAGAGUAUGUGGCCAAGAUUCAUGGGGUACACCCCAGUAUUUUCCAGGCUCAGUACCAAGAAGCUUUGUUAGAAGAAGAGGAGAGAACACUUGCUAUGCUUUUAGAUAGAGCUGCCUCCAGUUCGAUGGUGGCUGAAAGCUCUAGUGCCAUACCCAGCAGGUUCCCCCCACGCUAG